AUGGCCAUGAGAAGUGGCGCGAGCAUUACAAGAAACAUCACGGACGUUUUCGCACUGCUACGUUCUAACGCUCAACAAAGCCGUUACAUACUUCGCAACGAUGAUAGCUCGAUAGCUUACCGAGGAGGUCAAGAUGGUUAGUCUUCUGGUAUCGUUUCCUUGUUUUCUAAUAUUUGAUAUUGCAGAAGAGAAGAUGACAUUGAUUGAAUUGGAAAGUGGAGCGAAUAGCUCUCCAGCAGAGCAGCCGUACUGGAUUCAUACGGUAGACGAGGUUGAUUUUGAGUUCGAAAAGUUUGACUUUUUUCACUUUUUGAAAAUGAAAAUACUGAUUCAGAGUGCGUGCAAAAAUGGAAGAACUCUCUGUGCGUCAAAGAAAACAAUUGUCGCGCCCUAAUUUGGGGGACGACUUAUUCGAUGAGGAACAGAGAGAGAUGCAGCUGAGCAGUGAGCAGAUAACUCAAAUGCUGUCCCAUUGUCAAAGGAUGAUAAGGUAUAACUUUCAUAAAAUGAAAAAAAGCCGGGCUCUUUUUUCAGAAUGCUCUCCACUCAAACUGUAAAAGGAGAGAAAAAUGCAGAACGCAAAAUUAGAGAUAAUGCAGCACAAACGUUAAAUUUAACGUUGUCGCAAUUAACAAACAGUUUCCGGUCCGACCAGGUCAAAUAUUUAAAAGACAUUGAGGUAGCUUUUCUAGAAGUUUGAAUAAAUUUUUAUGAUUUUCAGCAUCGAUCACGGAAUGUAAGUAACUAUCUUGUUACUCACGACGCCGAUUGCGAUGAAACAAAUUGGACCGACCUCUUAGAAGCCUCGACGUCUGCCGAAUACACAAUGGCAGAACUAGAAUUAUUCAUGAAUACCGACAAAGAAGUUCGCGAACGGGAGAAAAAAGUAAAGAAUAUUUUUCUAGACAAUUCAAUGCCUUUUUUCAGGUUCUGGCGGUCAACGCAUCAAUUGGCGAGCUCAACACAAUUUUCAAGGAAGUCUCAAAUAUGAUAAUUGACCAGGGAACCAUCGUGGACAGGUAACAAGAUCAGGAAAAAAAAAGAUAAGCGUUAUGAGUUUUCAGGAUCGAUUUCAACGUUGAACAAUCUUCGAUCCGAGUCGGUAGGGCAGUCGGAGACGUCCAGAAGGCCGAGAAACACCAAAGACAAGACAAGAAAAUGCAUUGUAUUUGUCUCUUAACAAUAGCUAUAAUAUUCGUUUUGAUCCUUUUGAUAGCAACCAAAUUUUAAUUUUUUUGAACCCUUAUAAAUAUUUGUCCGUCAAUUUGUUUUUUUUCCUCACUGGUUUGAUACCAUCAAGUUUUUUCGGCGGCCUGUUCAUUUCCUAAUCAAUUUUUGAGGGUUGGAAAAAGAAAUGAAAGAAGGAAAAUCCGUCCACAAAUUCAACUGA